GAUUUUUCACUUGAUUUUUCGCCUUGACACUGGGAGUAACACACAAAUCGACGCUGGUGAAAAAGUGGAAAAUAAUUAAGUGAAAAUGUCGGAGAGCGCUGUCUCCGCCAGCAAUGUUAAUGCCAAUGAAAAAAUGGCAAACUUGCUGAAGGAGGCGGAAAAUUUGAAAACCAAAUUGGAGGAGGAGCGCUCGAAGCUGAAUGACGUCAACCUGUCGAACAUUGCGGAGCGUCUGGAGCAAAUUGCUUACGUCAACAUCAAGCCCCGCAAGGUGCUGAAGGGACACCAAGCAAAGGUGCUCUGCACCGACUGGAGUCCCGACAAGCGACACAUCAUCUCAUCCUCGCAGGAUGGCCGCCUCAUCAUCUGGGAUGCGUUCACCACCAACAAGGAGCAUGCCGUGACCAUGCCCACCACCUGGAUCAUGGCCUGUGCAUACGCCCCGUCGGGUAACUUUGUUGCCUGUGGUGGACUGGACAACAAGGUGACCGUCUAUCCGAUCACCUCCGAUGAGGAGAUGGCCGCCAAGAAGCGCACCGUUGGCACCCACACAAGUUACAUGUCGUGCUGCAUAUAUCCCAAUUCGGAUCAGCAGAUCCUGACGGGUAGCGGCGACUCGACUUGCGCCUUGUGGGACGUGGAGUCCGGCCAGUUGCUGCAAAGCUUUCACGGCCACUCGGGCGAUGUGAUGGCCAUCGAUUUGGCUCCCAACGAGACGGGCAACACCUUCGUCUCGGGCAGCUGCGACCGUAUGGCCUUUAUUUGGGACAUGCGCUCUGGCCAUGUUGUGCAGUCCUUUGAGGGACACCAGUCCGAUGUGAACAGCGUCAAAUUCCAUCCCUGCGGAGAUGCAAUCGCCACCGGUUCGGAUGAUAGCAGCUGCCGUCUGUACGACAUGCGGGCCGAUCGCGAGGUGGCUGUCUUCGCCAAGGAGAGCAUCAUAUUUGGUGUCAACUCGGUGGACUUUUCGGUCAGCGGUCGCCUGCUCUUUGCUGGCUACAACGACUACACCGUCAAUCUGUGGGACACUCUGAAGUCGGAGCGCGUCUGUCUGCUGUAUGGCCAUGAGAACAAGGUCUCCUGUGUGCAGGUAUCGCCCGAUGGCACUGCCCUAUCAACUGGCAGCUGGGACUACACCAUACGUGUGUGGGCGUAAAAAUCGAUUCCCCAUUGUUAAGAGCAUCUGUCAAGGACAUUAGCUCUAUAUGCUAUAGGUAUAAAUUACGGAUACACUUUUUUUUAUUAGAAAAGUUGCAGUACAGCGUUCUCAUGUGUACAUAUAUAUUUUUGAUGUUGCAACAAAUGCAAAUGGCUUUGGAAUAAUUCCAUUUAAUAUCUCUAUGUGUUAGGAUAUACAAACAUAAAUAUUGUUCUUAAAUAUUGGUCAAAAAUAAUGAAGUAAGUGCAGUGCAGCGGCUCAUAUAAAAUACUGAACACCGGAAUAACCAAAGAAAUGUAAAUGUACACCAAUAACCGUAUAAUGCAAUUCUCUAUUUGUGUCUGGACUAUGUUCCAUGUGUAUUCUAUAAUCCAAAGAUAUUGUAAGCUGAAGUCCUAAUGGAAAUAAUAUUUAUGUGUAUUUGAGAAGCUCCAUAGAGAAAGAGAAAAAACCAAACUUUUGAGUGCAAAAAUAUACUAUAAUAAUAUUCCCAAUAUGUAUCUAGUCGGAUAUGAUAUCAAUGGAUUUAUAUGUAUGUGUGCUAUUUUAACCAACAGAUAUUAUUGUAUAUAUUUAUGGUAUGUAUUUCAAUGAAAUACCGUAAACAGAAGAACACUUCACGGGCUGAACCUUAUCAAAAAUCUGUAUGCAUAUGUACUUGAUGGAUAUCUUGUUAAGGGAUUAAUCCUCAAGUUAAACGCAUAUCCAAUAUGUGGUGCACAGCGGCUCAUGGGUGAUGAAUAGAAUAACUUUAGGACGAGAUACAGAUAUGUAUGUUGUACGAUUAUUCCAAUUAAAUGUUGGAUAGGGGAUACCAAAAUAUGUUCGGAGCAAUAAGAGUACUUACCGUUUUUCACUACCUCUGAUGGUCAGACAGUGAACAGCCAAAAAUUGUAAAUAGUUCCAGUUAAAAACAGAAACAAGACACAGAAACUCUGCUUCUCGAAUGUGGUGUUUAUUUUAAAUACUUCUUCUUACAACUGACAAAUGUAAGGAGUAGCCAACUAAAACCAAACAGAAAAUAUGAAAAACUUCGGUUAUGUUAAAUAUUACAUAUGGAUAUUUAACUGCAGAACAGACAUUAGCUGUGUAAAACUAACCGAAUAUGAAACCCCACGAAAAAAUAUUAACUUCAGAUAUAGAUAUUUGGAAUAUUACAUACAUUUUUGCGCGAACCAAAAUAAAUAAAUAACUUAAAUAUAUUCUUUUAAGUGUAGUGGAAACACUUUUGUUUUGUUAAAUAUUACAUACAUAUUUGCGUAUACAAAAUAACUAUACAAUAUAAAUGGAUAUUUAACUACAGACCCGACAUUAACUACAAUACAAUUCAUUUAACUCCAGUACUCUGAUGUCUGUCAGUUGAUUACACAUAAAACUAGCACAGGGUGAUGAACAAAAUCAGAGAUAGAGUAUUAUAUACUUGAUAUAUAAUAUGUACAAAAAUGAACAGUUGGAAAAAGAGGAAGAAAUGGGAAUUCAAAUUAACAUCGGAUAUAUGUAACUUUACAUGCAUAUAUACAAUGUGCAUAGAAAUAAGUUCCUGUUCCUGAAAAUAAAUGUUGAAAAUGCAAA